CCCGCCCCGCCCCGUCGUCUGCUCAACGCCUACAAGGGCGCGCAUAGCAUCUUUUUGGAAGGGACUGCGUUGCUCUGGUAACGGCAUACUAAAAUGUUUGUACGCGGAUGUUAACAAACCAAUUUACAGAUAUUGGCUAUCUGUGCACACUGAUGGGAAUCGUAAAUAGACGAUUGACUUUGUAUUAUUACAACAGAAUACUUUGAAUAGGGCGGAUGCAUUGACCAAUUAUGCUACCGAAACCCCUUCAGUCUGCUGCCUGGUGCGCGUGGAUAUUUAUGUGAGUAUUUUCUUUUAUAGAUUUAAACGUCGAGCAGUAAAAUACUUAACAAAUAAGAAUAUAACUAUAAACUUACUCUAUAGGAAUAUAAAACCGCACUUAAGAGCAUAAUAAGGAAAUCCUACCUUAGUUUUAAGCUUUGAGCACAGAUUACUAAGGGUUUAGAGAACGUCCAUUAUGCCAGUGAAAUCUUAGAAUGUGAAGGAGUUCAAAAUUAUUUAAAAUAAAUUAUAUUCCAAUUGAAAUUUUCUUUCCAAUUUUUUUAGUUUUAUUUGUCAGUUCGUCAGCAUGAUUUUAAAAUUUAACAAAAAUCUUGACGGCGCAGCGGCGGCGAAGCGCAGUAUUAAUCAAUUUUUUGUCCAUAAAAUAAGAGGAUCUUAGUUCUUAAAUCUGGUCACACAGUCAGUGACAGUAACAAAGAAAACAAACGUGAAUUUCCUGGUAUUUCAUUCAAAGAUAUAACCACGAUUUAUCAACAAUAAUUUGAUGAAUUCACAUCUGUUUACGAUAAUGUGAGAGAAAGAAACAGAAUUGAUUUAGACUUACGUUUUUUUUAUCUCUGAACUGCAACAGUAAAUUAAAGUAAUAGUGUAACAAAAGUGAAGCUGUUUUGAGCGUGUUAAAUAAUGCUUUCUUUAAAUAAAGUUACUAUUGUGCAGACAAUAACUCUUAUUUUUGCUUUAUCUUUUGCAAGAGGACAAGAUAGAAAGAUAAAUGCCACACUCUACCCUGGAUGCCAAGUUUGCACAGAGAAUGACACCCUUGUAUACAUACGAGCAGAGGGUGCUCAUAAUACUAUUCAUCAGUUAUGGGACUUCACUGGAGGCAUGCCAUUAGUGAUUCUCACUGUUGCUGGUGUGAAUUCUACAAUGAAUAUUACAUGGGAUCAUACCACUCCUGUCAAGUUUUCAAUAUCAGAACAACCGAAAUAUAGCUUUGCUACAGCCAUAGAUAAGUUAUAUGAAUAUGAUGACAUUCAUGACAAUGGGUAUAUCGAUGAGAAAGUCCCGAAGCGUUCUGUUGACCUUUGGCGGGCAACAUGGUGGCCACAUAGCAUGGUCCUCACUGAUCAGGAGGUCAUGGUACAGCUUCGGGGGCACGUUAAUGACUAUGGCCGAAGUGGUACCAUUGACAUAAAGCUGGACAUGCUGCCGUUUCAAGACUAUGCCGCAGAACUGCCGCACCUCAUCCACACGGCCAACUCCACGCUAUUAGACGUGAGCCUUGUGAACUUCACCACGUCUCCGGACUACAACGCGUCGCGGUACGCGCUCAACCUGCUCAUGGUGAGCCAGGACUCGAGUAACUCCACUAUGACCACCACAGUGAGGAAGAGUUUGGAUGACGAACACACACCUGGUAUUUUUGAGAUAGUGGAGGUGGAGAGUCCGCGCAGUAGUUCCGGGCCGGGCGCCUACGUGCAAUUCCGGCCCGUCGCCUACAGGCAGCGCGCCAGGGACGUAGCGUCCUCUACGCGGGCCCGGCCAUCUGUACCCGCCAGGACGCGGAUCCCGGAACAUAGUACGUUGCGUGCGUUCUACCGGGGAGUCGAUCCCAGUACCCUCCUGGUGCAAAACAUGCGCAUCUCCUUCGGCGAACCCGGUGAUGGAUUCUACGCUCACCACAAUUACACAGCAUGGUCCGCCUCGCUGGGGUACGGGCGGGCGCCGGUGGAGGGUUUCUCCGCCUUAGUGGUGGGAAUAGUGGCCUGCGGGCUGGGGGCGCCGGCGCUGCUGCUGCUGCUGGGCGGCGCCUACGCCUGCGCCAGCGCCCGCCGCCCGCCCGCCCCGUGAGCGCGGGCGCCCCGGCCCCAGUUUCCAGACUGACGAAUCUCGAUGGAAAGCAUGGGUGCUUUGUAGCUGAAAAUCGACGCUGUCACUGGAUGAUCUCUAUGCGUACGUACCGUCUGUAUAUUUCAACUUCUUUGACCAAGGUCUCAUGAAACUACUGAAAUAAAAUUUUGAUUUUUCCGACGUUGUGAAUCCCAUAAAUCAGCUGAAUAAGAAAAUGAUAUGUAUAUGGUCAAAAUGUACUUCCUAAUAUUUAUAGAAUUAUUUGGAAUCAGAUAAUUUGCUUUCCCGUAAGGAAAAUGAAACCACAUACAUACGAGUUAUGGUCAACAAAUAUACAUUCUGUAUAGAUAUCGCCAUGGCAACGCGCUCAAAGAGUGCAUAAUUUUAACUAUUUUAAUACGGUUUUUUGGACUAAUGUAAACAAAUGAUUGCAUUUCAUUUUCCUUACGUAGUAUAAAGAAAUCGUCCAGUAUUAACGGUUUAUUAUAAUCAUGAAUUAAUUUCGAUCAUAACAGAUAUUUAUAUAAAUUUUGCCAUAAAAAAGGCAAAAAUAUAAGGCAGCGGACGGGACGGCGGGCCUGGCCCGCGUGAAUUUUUUUGUAGCAAAAUUUUCUUUAGAUUAAACAUCCAGCAGUUACAUGCUUAAAAAAAUAUAUAAUGUAUAGAAAUUGUUAUAUUAAACAUUUGAGGUAGAACUUUAUCUAUAAAUUCCUAAUCUUUAAAAUUUAGAUUCAGCCUCGGAAGUUUUCAUAACUUAAACCUACACAUUAGAUGGUAUUCAUACCAAGUUAAGGUUGUAGCACAUGUUAUAUCGCAAAAACACUGUCUCAACUCGAGCCGUUCAGCAUUAUUAAAUUAUUUGGCUGAUAGACGGUAAGGUGAUAGGCGAUAUGUGGUGUCAGUUUGAUAUAUCAGGAGCUGGCGAACACAACGGUAUAAUUACGCAUCUGUACCCCUACUGAAAUGUCAAUGUCAAAUUUUGUAUGGAAACUUGAACAGCAGCGGCACAAGGUACGUAACGAAAACUAAAAAUCAGUUCACAUUUGACAAUGACAUUUCCGACUCGCAAACGAUACGAAUUCGAUAUUGGUUCGUGCUAGGAGUACUGGUCAAAGUACUUUUUUUUACAGUCCGGAGGUUUCGGGCCCGUUGAAUUUGUAUCACUAAGAAUUUUCAAUCCAAACCGCCUGAAACAGUGUUAAAAUUACUAAAUUUAUAAAUUAAAAACCAUGUCAAAACUUCAGUGGAGGUGAGGUGUGUCAUUCAGUUUUAUACAACUCCUGCAAAAUUAAAUUUAUAUAAUUAUACCGUUUUGUUCGCCAGCUCCCCAUAUCGUCACUUCCAUAGUAAACUAACGAAUUUGAAUUUCUUAAAAGCUACUACGCCAAAAUAACGUAUAUUAAUUUGGUAAGUUUACUUUGGGUGUAUAAAUAUAAAAUGCAGAUUGAAACAAUCAGACUUUUGGAACCGUCAUUGAUAAAAUUGUGUGACUUUUCCCU